AUGUCGAAGACGAACGGCGGUCUCAAGGUGAUGGCACCUGAGCCGUUGGGUGCUGACGAACGAUCACCUCUCCUGGACCAUCACAAUGGCCGCUCAGAGAACGAAGACAACUUGGAGGCCCAGGCUGAGCAGGAGCAACGAGAAUAUGACGCCGGCACGGUACCACUACCUGACGAGCCGAGCACGAAGAAAUUGCUGGUCACCAUGUCAAGCCUGUGGCUGUGUACCUUCUUCGCUGCCUUAGAUGCCACCAUCGUCGCCACGCUCUCCGGCCCAAUAACAUCCUCAUUCAACUCCGGCACGCUCUUCUCCUGGAUCGCAUCUGGCUACCUCAUCGCAAACGCAGCGUUCCAACCUCUUUCCGGGAAGCUGACCGACAUCUACGGACGACGAGCGGGCAUCGUCUUCGCCACCGUCUUUUUCGCUGUUGGAACACUGAUAUGCGGCUUCGCCAAAGAAGGCUGGGUCAUGAUUCUUGGGCGCGUCGUGGCCGGCUCUGGAGGGGGCUGUCUCAAUACCAUCUCAACGUUCGUAGCCUCGGACCUCAUACCCUUGCGUAAACGCGGCGUCUGGCAGGGCUUUGGCAACAUUGUCUUUGGCACUGGAAUGGGUCUGGGGGGAGUCUUCGGCGGCGCGAUUCAUGAUUCGAUCGGCUGGCGAUACGCCUUCUUCAUACAGGUGCCUUUUAUACUGGUUGGCGGCAUCACCGGCUUCUUCACUGUUGACGUCCCGGUCAAAGACACCGAGACAGAUAAGAUCCGCCGUGUGGACUUCUCAGGCGCCUUUGCUCUCGUUGCGACCCUGGUGCUCCUCUUGCUCGGUCUCAACUCCGGAGGCAACAUCGUCCCCUGGACACAUCCUCUCGUACUCGUCUCGCUCCCACUCAGCGCCGUCUUCCUGCUGGUCUUUAUAUACGUCGAGGACCGAGUUGCUUCGGAGCCUGUCAUCCCAGUGCGUCUACUGCUCAACCAGACGGUCGCUGCCGCAUGUCUCACCAACUGGUUCGCCACGAUGUCUGUCUUUGCAUUGAUAUACUACGGCCCCAUUUACUUCCAGGUCAUUAGUGGCAUAUCAGCAACAAGAGCAGGCACGCUGUUCAUCCCUCAAUCCGCUGGCACAGCCAUAGGCUCCCUCGGCUCCGGCCUUAUCAUGCGAGCGACUGGCAAGUACUGGUGGCUGAACAUCGUCAUACAAGUCAUGAUGGUCACUGGCUGCUCGCUGGUUCUCGCAACAUUUAACGCCACAGUUGCGGACGUGCCGCCCUUCAUCUACCUCUUCCUGAUCGGAACGGCCUACGGAUCAAUGCUCACCAUCACUCUGAUCAGUCUUAUUGCGAGCGUCGACCACAAGUACCAAGCUGUCAUUACCUCAGCUUCGUACGCCUUCCGCUCGACCGGUUCCAGCAUUGGAAUCACGAUAGCAAGCACUGUCUUCCAGAACCUGCUCAAGCAAGGGCUAUUCGAGCGCUUUCCAGAUCAUCCCGACGAAAUCCGGAGGAUUAGGGAUAAUGUAGAUGAAUUGAAACACUUACCGCGAGGAUGGCGGGACGGAGCGAUUGAAGCAUAUGUUGAUGCUUUCAGGGGCGUCUGGGUGGUUGUUCUCGGCUUCGCGAUCCUGACUGCAUUCGCCAUAAUCACAGGCGGAGGAAGUGGCCUGGGCAAGGCGACUGCUCUUCGCUUCGCUGACUCUGGUGCUCGCAUCGUGGUUGGCGACCUCACGUCGAACGGCGUGGAGAAGGAGAUCAACGACAAGCAUGGCAGCGACAAGGCUAUCUUCGUGAAGUGUGAUGUCAGCAAGGAGGAUGACAUCGCGAAUAUGGUGAGGAAGGCAGCCGAAUGGGGCGGACGCCUCGAUAUUAUCUGCAACUAUGCUGGCAUCACAGUCGAGAUCGGCCAGGGAAUGAACAAGCGCGUCCACGAAGUAGACGUCGCCGAUUUCGACAAGCUCCACAACAUCAACACUCGAGGGGUUUGGCUGUGUUGCAAGCAUGCUCUGGGCCAGAUGAUGAAGCAGGAGCCGCGGGCAGCCAAUGCUCGCGGUGAGCAGACUCGUGGUUGGAUUGUGAAUGCUGCGAGUAUGCUUGGUCUGGUUGCCUACCCGAACACCACAGCAUACGUGCCGUCGAAACAUGCUGUCGUGGGUAUGACCAAGCAAAUGGCUCUUGAUUAUGCAAGAGAUCGAAUCCACGUGAACGCUCUGUGCCCUGGCUUCGUGGAGAGCCCCAUGAUUUCUGGCUUGACAGCAGAUGCCGCUGUGAGAGAACCAUUGGCAGCUUCCCAUCCUUGGAACGCGCUCGGCCGGCCGGAGGACGUGGCAGAUGCAGCAGUCUUCCUCUGCAGUGAUGAAGCCGCUUGGGUGACAGGCCAUUCUAUGGUGAUUGACGGAGGAUACACCAUCCAAUAA